AUGACCGCGAUAACAAACAACACAGUUUUUAAAGAACUGACGGCCUCCACAGAAUUAAUACAGAAUUACGUCCAAGGCGAAAUCAUCUCCCCGACAGGCAAGUUCGAGGCAUUACAAACGAGCAGCGGCCAUGCUCUGCUCUUCGCGGUUAAUACAUCGGGGCAAAUUUAUAAUCUCUCGACUGCUGGUAUUAAGACCUACUUCCCUGGCCGGGGUUCUCAUACCACAGUGCAUACUAUCGACGUUGGCCAAAGUGCUGCGGACGGUAGCAUUAGCCUAAUAAUAGCCGUAAACCUUAAUAGCAAUGAUCAUCUGUUCGUCUCACUUAGUAAUCCGUAUAAUAACAGCUCAUGGGUAGCUCCAACAGAGGCAUCCCAGAAGAUUUCCAUCACCGGGUCCCUUUUUGCCGAGACUCAGGACAGGAAACAAUAUCUGGUGGUGGACGUCAACAGACCUCAACGCAUGGGCGAGCCACAUAUCACCCGCUAUCACAUUGACCCUUGUCGGGCUACUGGGCAUUAUUGGACCAAACAUGACGUGGCUGUCGACAUCGCCUCCGCACAGUAUCAGAGCGUCGUGGGGCGUAUUGCUGGGAAACCCGUCGAUGGAAUCUAUACUGCUGGGAUCACAGGAGGAAGGCCGCAGUUUGUCUACGAACCGAUCAUAAACUACUAUGGCGCGGGUCCGGCCAUGCCGCAUCGAUUGCGGCUCCCCAGGGGUUCUAUUCCAUCAGCAAUCGCGACGGCACAUUGUGCCGAUGUCGAUGGAUCCACGGACCUCUACGCGGUUGGCGGAUCCACCUUAUAUCGUUUCCCUGCCGAUGAGCAGGGCGAGGAUGAUGAGCCUAUUCCCCUGCUCACAAGCGAGGUCCUCCGUGGUACCGACACUCUCCGGGCUAUGACGCACGACGGAGUCACUGUACUCUGGGGCCGCACAUCCAGCGACACCGUGUACUAUCUCAGCUGCACAGAGGAUCGGCUGAACGACGCUGCGGGGUGGCACGGUCCCAUGCCCAUUCUGUCGGGCAUUGAACGCAUCUCUACGUAUGUGAACCGGGCGGACGGCGGCAAUACCGUCUUCGCGUCUGGCAAUGGAAGACUUCAAAAGUUGAUGCAGAGCCCGGAUCGAUCCAGUGGCAAUGUAUGGCGUGAGCAGGAGAUUACAAUCGCAGUCCCGCCCGAUCGCGAAUCUAUCAGUUUCAUGUCUUACGUGACAUGUCUCCAGGUCACACAGCUCGAGAAGGAGCUGCCAGUGCCCAAUGCCACGGUCACCACCGAUCCCAUGGGCUCAUUGACUAUCGUCGAAGCGACUGACAGCCUGACCGCUACCGCAAUAACGGUCUCCCUGGACAAUACUACACUCACCAUCAACCCUAUGGACAAGACGGUGGCAAGGCUGACUGGCUUGAAUUCGGCAGAGAAACUACGAGAGGCCCGCUUCCCAAGUCAAAUCGUCGCUGGGGGCAUUGAUGGUUCACCCGAGAUGAUUCCCCUUAUGGGGCCCUCUACCGGCGACGAAGAUGUCGAAGCAGUGGCGACGAAUAUGAGUCUUCUUGAAGAAGGCUACGCGAAGAUCUGGAAGAGGACCGAAAAGCCGCCAACCACAAGUCAAUUUUCCAUGUCCCAGAAUACUUCCACGCCCCCAAGCGGUUUGCACCCUUCGCGAUUCCAGCCUGUGUCGUUUGGGGUCCUGGACGAUUUGAAGCAUCUCGGAGACGAUGCCAUCCAUGGCCGACUUGGAAACAUUCCCGGCGAUAUUCGCGACACAGUCGAGGACGGAGCGCACGAACUUGGCGCUCUUGCUGGCGACGUUGAAAAAGCGCUGCAGGGACUCGGAGAAAUUAUUAGCACAACCGCUGGUGACCUUUUUCAGACGGUCAAGCACGCGGCCAAGUCGGUGGGUAGAAUCAUAUACGACACAGCCUCGAAAGGCUUGCAUAUGAUCCUCAGGAUCGGUAAGGCGGUCUAUCAUGCCGCGUUGGACACAUAUCAUGCUAUAGCGAAGGGCUUGGAAUGGGUGUAUGACAAGGCUAAGGCAGGUCUCAAGGAGCUGAUGAGAUUGCUGCAGGCAUUGCUGGAAUGGGGUGACAUCAAACGCACCAAGAAUGUCAUGAAAAACGUCACAAAGCUCUGGCUGCAGGACCAGGUGAACAGCAUCCCCCACAUGCGGCAGACGCUUGAUCGCACGAUUGCAGAGGUGCAGAAGAAGGCGAACGAGUGGGCCAACAUUGGCGACUGGUCUCCGAGUCUCGGAGCAGAGGCGACUACGAACGCGUUAUCCAGCAGCGCCGCGGGCUUAUCAAACGCCCUGACGCCCGAGGCAAAGUAUCUAUCCGACAAGUACCGAGACAACGCCCACCGGCUGACGGUGGUAGGAGACCUGCCAUCGGGAGACAGUGUUCAGAACCUGCUUAACCAGCUGAUCACAGCGGUCUCCAACGAGGGCCAUGUACUCGAGGCAGUCAUGGGACAGCUCCAGAGCCUCGCCAGUCAGUUUUCUUCGUUAAGUAUCGAGCAGGUCCUACAGCGCCUCGCCGUUAUUCUAGUCGACGGCACACUGUCCAGCUUGCAGGUGGUGGUCGAUGCUCUACUGGAUGUGCUAGCCGUCAUGGCCCAGGCAGCUCUGGACAUCCUUGACACCAAAAUCCACAUCCCCGUCAUCUCCACCAUCCUCAACCAAAUCGGCAUCCACGACCUGUCGUUUCUCGAUCUUUUCACCUACAUCGGGGCGGUUGCUGUGACGGUGUCUUACAAGAUUGCCGUCGGUCGACCCCCUUUCCCCAAGAACGACAGUUUCCAACGACAGGUCAGUGUCGCGACAGCCUGGUCCGCCGUCGAAGAUCUGUAUCAGGACCUCGAAGGCCUGCCCACCGAUGCCAAAAAGGGCAUCUUCAUGGGCUGUCAUAUGUUUUCCGGAGUCAUGGUCUACGUAGGAAGCCUGCAGAAAGCCUUCGACGCGGAGGGCCAGAAGGCAAAUAAAGUCCUGGGGGUCAUUGGAACAAUUUUAGGAAUGGCCAGUACGGCAGCCACCGCGGCGGCCGACUCUCUCAUUCCCAUGGCCCCCGUUGAGGCCACUCCAUUCAAGACCCUGUCCAAGAUCACCACAGCUGCGAAUGUCGGGUGUAAACUCGUCUUCGGCGGUCUUGGCCAGUGGACGUUUGGCAGAAUUGGGCUCCACAAACUCGUGAUGCAGGACGCCCGCGGCGCUGGCGCCAUCUUAGAUGCUGCGCUGGUCCCGCAUGCCGCUCUGGUUACAAUCUGGCAUUUCUAUGAGAUCAGUCGGAGCCCGAGUUCCAUGGAACGAUCGUCGGCUAUCUCCAGCGAGGUCGGAAAGCUGGCGAACUAUAUUUCGCGUGUAUCGUAUGCCGUGGCGGUGAGUGAUGAAGAGGAGAGCAGUAAGCAGGUCGCUAUCGUCGUCAUGGCUGCUGCAAAUGAUGUCUAUGCCGGCUUGCUGUAUGCCGAGGCUGCGGUCGGUGGGAAGGCAAUUGGAUGA